CAGCGUGUGUAGGGGAGAGCGGGUUGUCACCUUUCUCCCACUCUUUCAGUCUGAGGGGAAACUACCUGGGCCCUAAUAGUUGAGACAUCUCUCAGAGGUGAAAUUGAGCCCAAAGCUACAUAUCGAGUCAAUAUUAUAAAAAUGCAUGGAAGUAAAGCAUUCUGAAGAAAAUCUAGGACCACAGAAUUUAUUUGCUGAAAUACAAUGUAUUAUUCAAAUCAAGAAUAAGAGUGGAGAAGAAUUAUUGAUUUUCCCUGCUAAAAUCAUGGAGGUAGAAGAACAGCAGCAGCCAUGGAAGACCAACUUUUACACAGAAUUGCCAAAAGUGGAACUUCAUGCCCACUUAAAUGGAUCCAUUAGUUCUAAUACCAUGAGGAAAUUAAUAGCCAAGAAGCCAAAUCUUAAAAUCCAUGAUCAUAUGACUAUGAUUGACAAGGGAAAGAAAAGAACUCUAGAAGAGUGUUUCAAGAUGUUUCAAAUUAUUCAUCAACUUACUACUAGCCCUGAAGAUAUUCUAAUGGUCACAAAAGAUGUCAUUAAAGAAUUUGCAGAUGAUGGUGUCAAGUACCUGGAACUGAGGAGCACACCUAGAAGAGAAAAUGAUACUGGAAUGACUAAAAAGACUUAUGUGGAAUCCAUACUUGAGGGUAUAAAACAGUCUAAACAAGAAAAUUUAGACAUUGAUGUUAGAUAUUUGAUGGCAAUUGACAGAAGAGGCGGCCCUUCAGUAGCCAAGGAGACUGUUAAACUUGCUGAAGAGUUCUUCCUUUCUACUGAAGAUACAGUUCUUGGCCUUGACCUCAGUGGAGACCCUACCAUAGGACAAGCCAAAGAUUUCUUGGAACCUCUUUUAGAAGCUAAAAAAGCAGGUCUGAAGUUGGCAUUGCAUCUUUCAGAGAUUCCAAACCAAAAUAAAGAAACACAAAUGCUCCUGGAUCUACUUCCCGACAGAAUUGGACAUGGAACAUUUCUCAACUCCUCUGAGGAAGGAUCCCUCAAUCUGGUAGAUUUUGUGAGGCAACACCAAAUCCCACUAGAACUCUGUUUGACCUCAAACAUCAAAAGUCAGACAGUUCCAUCUUAUGACCAGCAUCACUUUGGAUUUUGGUACAGCAUUGCUCAUCCUUCUGUGAUCUGUACUGAUGAUAAGGGUGUUUUUGCGACAUACCUUUCUCAAGAGUACCAACUGGCUGCUGAAACAUUUAAUUUAACCAAGUCUCAGGUAUGGGAUCUGUCUUAUGAAUCCAUCAGCUACAUCUUUGCUUCUGACAGCACUAGAUCUGAACUGAGAAAGAAGUGGAAAAAUCUGAAGCCCAAAGUGUUACACUUUUGAGAUAUAAGAUGAUGAACUAAUUUUGUUUUGUUUUGUUUUGUUUUUGAUGUUCUGGGGAUCAAACCCAGGGCUUCAAACAUACCAGGCAAUCCUCUACCACUGAGCCACAUCCCCAGCCCAAAGUGAAUGAACUACUAUUGUAUAUGUUGCAAACAAGAUCUUUCUUUUAUGUCCCAUUCAGUAAAUUGUCUCCCACUUCCUUCAAAGCAUAGCAAAUUAAUGGGCUCUAUCACCAGGACCUUACAUAUGGCAGGUGACCAGUAAAUAGGUCUUAAACUGACUAGUAGUGACAUGGCUCCCUGGCUGCCAAGCCAUGCAGACAGUCAUUGGUUCCUACCAAGAAGCAGCAGGGGAGGAGUGGAGUGGUAGAGCAGCAGCCCAGGUCAGAUGGAGUGCAGACAGCAAGUGUGGGCCAUGGCUGCACAGAGACUACCAUGCCAGCGUGGGCCUGAAGUGCAGAGGGCCUGAACCAGGGUGGACCAAUGCCAUAGGCAAGCCAAGACACACUGACCUGUCAUCCCACCACAGCUCAGCCCCAAAUAGUGCACACACCUGCUCUGCUGGGCACCAUGGGGCUUCAUAGGGACCUCUGCCCCUACUGAACAUGUGCAAUUCACUGACCUCAACCUCCUGCUUCCCAAGAAGCGGGGAGAAAAUGGAAGCACCGCAAACCUGAAUGGAAUUCUAGACUAACCAAUGGUGUUAGUACUUUUCCAAAUAGGAUUUAAAAUUAGCAUAAUUUUGGACAGUGGCAUUAGUACUUUUGCAAACCCUGAUUUGCUUAAGUUUGGACCAAUAACACUGAACCAAGUGCUAUAUAAACCCCUAGACAAGCACACUCAGACGGAGAAAACCUGCUAUCCGGUGCCUUCUUGUACUGCAAGAGUUCUGUUCCUGUUUCUAUUCUUCAGUAAACCCUGUCCUUACACUUGUUCAUCCUGGUCUGUGGAUUUCAUUCUUCAAAUUCAUGAGACAAGAAUCCAGAAACAAGAAGAAAUUGGUGGUGAGCUCCUGGGGGUCUGCUGCAAGACUGGAGGGCAUGGCCCAUCAUUACUGGAUGCAACAUUUUUUGGCUACAGAGGCCUGCAUCCUUACAUAGACCCCCACCCACCAGCAGAAGCAGAGGAACUCCAACUGCUGGAACACCAGCAGAAGCAGGGAAUCAAGUGUCAUCUCAAAACUCUGCUUUCAGCUCGCCUUGAGGUCUUACAUAGCUUACCUCCAUGCCAAUUUCUCAUUAGGAAAAGUUUUGGAAUUACUAGUGUAAGGUAAGGAGAAAGAGGAAACAUAUGAUCGCCAAUACCUUUAAAGUUUCAAGCUUUUGACAA